GACUUUGAGUCCAAGAAGGUCGAUAUAAAAUUCCUCUAGGAUGAUAUCCUACAAAAAUUCUUGUUGAUCGAGUCGCUUGCGAAACCGCGGUAGUCAUGGCCCUUGUCCCUUCCUUUGUUCUCGUUUUCCUUUUCCGGAUUUGAAAUGUCAACUCUCGGUCAAAAAUCAUAAUCCGUUAACUUAACAAAGGCUGCAACUAGUGGGCACAGCACAAUGCAAUGGCCAGAAGAAAGGAACGGUCCAAAUAUAAAAUAAGGUCGUUACCCUUAUCCUUCUCUCUCUACUUCCCCUCCCCCAACAUUUUUCAUCCUCAACGAUGUCUUCCUCCCCCUCUCGUGCGUCGUUCGACGACUACUACCAGCAAAUCUUCGAUGAGCUGGACGACGACGACUACACCCCCAGCCCCGCCUUGUCGGGCACCGUAAAUUUGUUCUCUCGCUCACCAUCGUCUGCAGCGCAGACUAUAGUUGCAGAGGACGAUGAAAACGCAUUCAAGAACGUCGAAACCGACUCCAUUUUGUCAGACGACGACCCACCCUACCACGAUAUUGACUUCAACGAGCAACCCAGCAUCGAUUUCCAUAGUGCCUUGCUUCGUUUCGGCGAAACCUGCCAAGACCUUUUCGUCCCCAGCAGCAUCCUUACCAACAUGCCAGUCAGUCCUACGCAAGGAUUCGACGUAGAUCCGUCCAACCUACAGUCCGAUCUUACGAUCAUUCCCCCUCCCCAGUCUUCCAGGCCCACCCCUGUCUUUAAUCUGGACAUCUUUAAGUCUGCAAGGACCGCGGAGACCCCAUUGAAGCUCGCAUCAGAGACGACAGAGAUGGCCUUGCCCGGGCCGACCACAGAGUCCCACCUCGACCGGCCGAUCAUCCCCCUUCGUACCGGCACUCGCGCUUCCCGCUCUCGAAAGCUAUCCGUCAUCAUCGCUCCCUCCGACAACGAGGACAGUGACAUAGAGCCUGACGACGAUGAUUACUGCCCCCCUCCCCCUCUCAAUCCCAAAAAACGCACACGAUCCUCUCAAUCUAUCGCACGGGCUCCGAAAAAGGCCAAGGUCGUCGCAAAGGGGGGAACCACCACGUCCCUGAGCAAGCCCAAAGUCACUGCAAAAAAGGUGUCCACCGGUUCCCCGGACAAGCCCAAGGUCGCCAGGAAACAACGUCUUCCUCCAGCUUCGCGCAACGUCCAAGUGGUCGGCAUUAAUCUUUUGGAACUUUUAGAGACGAUGGAGUGGAAGUGUAAGGCCUGCAAAUGGGAACAGGAGAAUCAUCGAAAACCCGAUUUUAUUCGACACCUCCUCACCCAUCAGCGGCCAGACAAGGAUGACCAGUCGCAGGGUUGGUGGUGCAAAGGGUUGAAGAUCCUUGAUCGCGAGGCGUAUAACAGGCUGGCUAUUCGCGAUGGUAGGCAGACGAUCUCUGAGGACGCAGGGGAGAUCGUGUUCCUGUUCGAACGGAGAGUAGGGGGAUGCGGGAGGAACUUCAGUCGACGUGACGCCCUGAAGAGACAUAUUGACAACCCCAACACGCCCUGCUGUGGAUAUGCUCUCGAGCCAUUCCAAGAAUUCGACCAUGACACUGAAAAAAUUAUCACACUCUAAAAGAUUUGCUGUUGGACAACCAUUUGCAGAUACCAUGCUCACCGUGUACUUUUCUAUUUCCAUUUCUUAUUCUUUUAAUCAAACUAUCCACGACAGAACAGGAACCAGGCAAACA